UAAAGAAAACCUCGUACAAACUUUAAUCGAACACAUGACACGAUCACAAACUGGCAUGCGUGCAGUCACGCAGAAUCUCAGUUGGCUCUGACUUCCGAGAAAUAGGAAACGUAUCCAUGAGUUAGUUUGUCAACCUCAGUAGUGAUUGCGCACUUCGACGUAAUACGUUUUAAUAAUAGAAAUAAAAGUACUCCCUAUUUGUAACCUCAGUCCAUAUUUUCCCUGUCCGUUCGGUCUUGAUGUUUUUUAAACAAAAGGAUAGAAAAUCAAUCCCUUGAGAACUGGUAAUCUGUUACCCAAUAGGUACCUGUUAGAAGGUAUGAGAAAAUAUUACAUCGACACAGGAGGUUAGUGAUUUUUCUUGGCAUUUUAAAACCCGUUAUUUCUGAAACACUUCUUUAUGAUAUGGAAUGUUCUUUAAUAUUCUUCAUGCGUCAUUGUCACAUGCCCUUCACCUGAGUGUGCUUGUCGCGAAACUCCGUCAAAUUUGCAUUGGAAUGUUGUUCCACAUCCAUGCGGGUAUUUUUAAUUGGGCAACUAAAGAGCAUAUCGAGUAAUUCGAACUAAAACACAAAAGGGAAUUUUAUUUUGCUAAGAAAAUGAAAACUACUCUUUCGAAAUCUGUGGCUGUUUCGCGGAAAUUGUUCAACAUCAACGACUUCCUCAUCAACAACUCGAAACUGACGAGCGCGUGACGAGACUGUUGUGUCUAAUUCCAAAAAUAAUCUGUAACUUUCGCGCCAAAUUCCACCGGGAUGAACUUUGGAGUAUCACAGCCCACUCAUUGUUUUUUUCUCAUUCUGAUUGGCUAGUUAAACCAUACAUAAUUUUCUUCCGUAAUCUGAACCAAUCAGGUGUUUGUUAUUAUCACGUGGUAUGCUAAUGCGCUGCAACUAUGAAUGAAUGACUGCAUGUUAGCGCGCCACGACGACGGUUUAUUUUACUCUUUUGUUUUGGUUCAAGCCGAAACGGCCAUUCAUUCCUCGUGGUGAGGGAGACACGAAAACGAAAAUGUGGGACAGAAACAUCAUGAGUUCUUGCGAAGUAGUUAAAGAUCGCCUGUAUUUUGUGAGUGUGAGUUGUAAACCACGAAACAACUCAUCCUAUCACUAUUUUAGCGUAGAUCAUGACCGGACUCUCGACGGUUGUAAAUUUCACGACACACCUUACUUCGGACCGCCAAAUCUGGCUGGAAUCUAUCGAUUCUGUUGUCUUGUUAACACCAAACUUCACGUGGUUCCGGCAUCAAAGAAGAUUGUUCUUUACACAACAGCUAACGAGGGUUUUUCGGACGCGAAGAAGCGAACACGGUCUGUUUUCCUGUGUGGCGCCUUCGCCAUGUGUCAACUCAAGAUGACUGCCGAAGAAAUUUAUGCUUUACUAGAGCAGCACUUUCUGCCGUCAACUCUGGUUUCUUACUGUGAUAUCAAUGGGAAUUUAUCCCACAACCUAGCCAUUUUAGACUGUCUCAAAGGGUUUGAGAAGGCAAUAGCUCUCGGGUUCUUCAACUUUGACGAGUUUGACUUGAAUCGAUACGAGCAGGAAGAACACGCUUUGGAUUUGAACUGGAUCGUUCCGGGAAAGUUGUUGGCGUUGAGUGAUCCUCAAAGAAGACCUGAACUCAAAGCGAGUCGAUUCAGUCGCCUGAGAAAGUAUUUCAGGCAGAAUGGAGUCAAGGGUGUCGUAAGACUGAACAAGGACGACAACAUGAUGAAAUAUGGGCUUAUUUACGAUGCGCGAUGUUUUACCGCCAACGGCUUCUCGCAUAGCGAUCUUUAUUAUGAAGAUGGUGGAAUUCCAACUAAAGCAAUCAUCAAGAAAUUCACACGAGUUGUAGAUCAGUGCGAUGGAGCCGUCGCUGUUCAUUGCCGAGCCGGUUUAGGAAGAACAGGAACUCUAAUCGCAUGUUAUUUGAUCAGACAGUUCCGAUUUUCAGCUGCCGAGUCCGUAGGUUGGUUACGCAUCUGUAGGCCGGGUAGCGUGUCAACACUCCAACAUUGUUUCCUACAACAUAAACAAGAGCCCAUAAUGCGAGGGUACCCCGAAGAUAUGAAGAUUGAGGAUCUCACCGAAGCCGUUAAAAAAAGUUUGAAUAUGUUUUCCUACCAAAAUGCGAUCAUUGAAGAACAGGAGGAGUAAACAUGAAUAUUCAGGACACCAAUAUGUUACUAAGAAAAUUCUUUGACGUCUGGUUUGUGGGGCGGCAGUCGACAGCUGGGAGAAUAUUAAUGAGGAACUCCUUUAUCAGCCAAUCAAUUGCCAAGAAAACCAGACAUUGUUAUUUUGAUCUCACCUGAAGAUGAAAUUUGUCUGGCUUUGAUCAAUCUUCAGUGCCAACUAAUAUAUUUAAAGCCAACUCCUCUUCUCAAUAUUAUUGUCCCUUUUUUUUUUAUUUCUAUUUCAAUGAAAGAUCACAUCUGAGAUUUUCUUACAUUUGGUAGUAGGCAGGCAAGAGGUUUUUUUAAGACAUACUAAUUUAAUUCCAUUGCAGCAUGCAAAAUGUCAUAUUUUUCUCUUUAACAUACCAAACAUAAUUGAAUAAUGUACAUUGCCAUAAUUUCUUUCAAUGUUCUGCUACCUCUAAUUUGUUUGCUACUUCUAAUGUGUUCACUCCAAAAGUCAGGAAAGGCCUAACAAAGAAAUAUUAAGGAUAAAGCAACAUAUUCUCCAAGGUAUCAUUGAUUGUGGCUUCAUUAACAGCAAUCAAGCUUAACAUGUUCUUAAGACAAUUCGUGAAAGCCAAUUUAAAUCUUAUUUUCAAAAUGUGUGUUAACCAUAUUCAGAAGAUCAAUGCAAAGGGAGUGGUGAAUGAAUUUGAAAUUUACACUGAAUUCUCAAUAUUUAAAAAAAAUAAGAAAGCUUAAAUCCAUUCUUGAAACAAAUUUUCUUGAAAAGGAUUUCAAAUUCCUUUUUUUGGAAGUAAAACAAAUAGAAAUUGGAGUGAAAUCAUGUCAUGACAAUCAACUUUAAGUUGGAAUGAUCAUGAAAACCACAUAAUCACACUGGUAACAUCUGAUGACAAUCAAAAUGUCUGUGCUACUUCAGAUUAAUAAACCUGAGUAGGUAUUGUAAAUAUAUACCAUAUAUUUUUGUCUUGCUGGCAAGAUAAAAGGGGAAGGGAUAAUGUUACUUUUGGUUAAUGAAGUAUUUGUGUUGAAUGUACAUUUGGUGUUCAACCACUGAUCAAUUGUUUCCCCAAAAUAUUUUGUAGCAUCUGUGGAAUUUUCUUGACAGGUAAAUAUUGCUGUAGGAUAUAUUUGACAUUAUUUAGAUAUUUAAAAUUAAAGAUGUCUCAGUUAUAAAUUUAAGAGUUAUAUUUUCAACUCAGUUGUAAAGGUGUAAUUAACAGAGUCAUUCAGAGCAAUGUGUAAAUGUUGUUGCUCAAUAUUGUAUAACUAGGAAAUUACUCGGUGAAACCUUUGGUCAAACUUAAGUGUAAAUAAAUUCUGUAAAGUAUAGGCUUUCUGUUCAGGGCUGCUGUGCCCUUUUGAUCAUGAAAUAUGACAACAUAUGCUGAUUGUCUGGAUGUUAAAGGAUGUUAUGUAAAUUAUUGAAUUAAAUUCAUUGUGUUCAAAGUUA